UGCUGGUGAGCCGCGGGGACGGGGAUAAGGAGUGGGCAGAGUGGGAGUGGGAGUUGGAGUUGGUGUGCGCCGGGCUGGAGGUGCCGGUGGGAGCCGCCGCGGAGGAGGAGGAGGUGUGGAGCGCGUCCGGAGCCGAGCGGUAGAGCGCGGCCGGAGGUGGAGCGCCGGAGCCCGGCGAGAGGAGCGGAGGGGAGCCGGGGAGCGACAUGGAAGAGCCGGAACAAGUGUUGGAGAGGUGAGAGCGCGCACACGCACACACACUCACUGUCCUGCUGUCUCACACGCACUUACACACUCACACACUUUCUUCUGCUUCUCCUCGUGCAGUUACUUAAAGGCUCGUGCGUCUUUUCCACACACUUUUUCCCUCUUCCUCGCGCGCCUCUCUCCGUCCACACGCGGCGUGGAGAAGCGGAGUGUCCGGUCUGUGCGUAAAAGAGACUGGAUCAGACUCCAGGUCAGCCCUCGUGCUGGUCCCGCCCACUUUACAUAUGAUUGGCAGCUGGGGCGGCCAAUUAGAGGAGAGUCUUCAUGAAAGGAAGGAUGUGAUUGGAGGAAGGGAGAGAAGGAGGACUUUAUUACAACCUCAUUGAUGUGUGUGUGUGUGUGUGUGUGUGUGUGUGUGUGUGUGUGUGUGUGUGUGUGUGUGUGUGUGUGUGUGUGUAUCGCUCAGAUCUUUUACUGUUUCAUAAACUUUCUCACGAGCUCCUUGAUUCGCAAACGGGAAGUUUUUAUUUUUCUUCUUCUUCACUUUUUUUUUUCUGUCCUCUCGACCCGAAAUAGGCCCUGCGCGUGCACGUGAGAGUGCGCGCGCGAGUGUAUGUGUGUGAGAGAGAGAGAGAGAGAGAGAGAGUGUGAGUGUGUGUCCAGAAGUGGCUCAAAUGCGAGCUCUGGUGGCGAGACGGACGCAUGUUCGUCAGAGUGACCCUGCUCUUCAUCUUCAUCUUCAUCAUCAAAGUAUGGAGGGAAAUAAACAAAAAAGGAGGAAGAAGAAAAGAAAAGAAAUAAAGAAAAAAGAAACAUUUGAAAGAGGGAUGAGAGAAGAAGGAAAAUAUUUUAAAAAAGUAAAAAGUAAAUAGGUAAUCAGAAAGAGAGGAAAGACAAAAAGGAAAAAGGAGAUUUAGAAAAAUGAAACUGUUAAAUGAGAGGACACAAAGAACAGAGAGAGAAAAUGAAAGAGAGGAAAAGAAAAGAGGAGAGACGGGUGACAGAAAGUACAACGAGAAAGAAAAACAAACAAAGAAAAAAGUUAAAGUUUUAAGUUAAAAAGACAAUAAGAAAGAAAUAAAAGGAGAGAAUGAAGGAAGAAAGGAUGGACAGAGGUGGGCAAGCUAGGAAGAGAGAAAGGAAAGGAAGCGAGGAAGUAAGAAAAGGAGUAGAAAAUGGUAGGAAAUGAAAUAAGAGGAGAAAUAAAGAUGACAAAAGGAAGGAAGAAGGAAAGGUAAGAAAAGAAAAGAAAAGGAAAAAAGAAAGAUGGAUGAGAAAGGGAGAAGGAAGAAAGAAAGAAAAAAUACGCAAAAUUAUAGGAGAGGAUGAAAGGAAGAGAGGAUGGACAGAAAGGUGGGCAAACUAGGAAGAAAGAAAGGAAAGGAAGCAAGGAAGUUAGAAAAAGAGGAGAAACUAUGAAAUAAAUUAAAAAGUAUAGAAAUAAGGAUAAGAGAGGAGGGAAGACCAGAAGAAAAGAAAAUGAAAGAGAAGAAAGACGGAUGAGGAAGGGAAACAAGAAAGAAAGAAAGAAAGAAAGAAAGAAAGAAGUUAAAAAGACGUUAAGAAAACUGAUAGGAGAAAAUGAAGAAGGAAAGGAAGGACAGGAAGGUGGGCAAGCUAGGAAGAAAAAAGGAAACGAAGUGAGGAAGUUAGAAAAGAAGGAGAAAAUGAAAGGAAUGGUAGAAAGAAGAGAAAUAAAGACGAAAGGAAAGAAGACAAGAAAGAAAGAAAGAAAGAGAGAGAGACAAAGUUUGGAUAAGGAAGGAAGAAGGGAAAGAAGGAAGGAUGAAUAGAAAAAGGAUUGAAGGGGGAAAGAAAGCUAAAUGGUACGCAGAGAUCAUUUAAACCACAAAAGAAGAAAAAAGAAAGAAAGAAAGAAAGAAAGAAAGAAAGAAAGAGAUGAUCGUGUUUUACUGAAGAGAAUUAAUUACUGUGUGUGUGUGUGUGUGUGUGUGUGUGUGUGUGUGUGUGUGUGUGUGUUUAAGCAGUGAAAUGGGAUUGACUGGUGUGGAUUACAGACAGACAGGGUUUUAUAAUCCGGUGUAAUCUCAUUACUCAGAGGAACCCUGACUGAAUGAACGAGAAAAAAAGAGAAAGAGACUCAGAGAGAGAGAGAGAGAGAAAAAAGAGAGAGAGAGACGAUUAAACGAGGAGAUUAAAGAAAGAGAGGAGUUCAUUUUCACGGCUGAUAAAUAAAAUGUAUUUUAAGUGAUUUUAACGAAGCAGAAACAAGAAACAAAACUCGACUCCGACACUUUCCUUCGCAGGUGGAGAAGUCGAUCGGGGUCAAGGAUAAAAGGAAGGAGACCAGAGAGAAGUGAAAAAUGUGAGUACGUACGACGGAGGUGUAAAAACAGAGAGAUAAAGAGAGAGAGAGUCGGAGACAGGAGGGCAAUAAUUUGUCUCUCCGGACUAAUAAUGAUGAGACCGAAUCUGGACUCAGAGGCAGACAGAGAGAGAUGAGGUCUUAGUGGAGGUGAAUAUCUCUCUGCGGGGUUAUAAUGACCCAGAUGAACUUGGACUUUAGGAUGAGGAGCGAACUCAGAAGAGGAGAGGAAGAGGAGGAGGAGGAUACGUGAGGAGAUGAAAACAGAGGGAACGGGAGGUGACAAGAGAGCGAGAGGACAAGAGUGGAAAAACUUGUCUGUAAAAUGCUCUUCGUCCCCGGAGAGACGGACGGACGCAGGGAGAGUCCGCCGUUCGACACUGAAGGCCAUUUCGCCCUUUUUCAACCCAUUAAAUAACUCGUCAUGUUAGCUCAGUUUUCUCUCCGAGGAGUCGAGAGGAGAGACAUGAAGACUUAAGAGAAACAAACAGAGGCGUUUAGAUCCAUACAUCUCCACCGCCGGAUCUACAGACGCUGCGUUUGUUUGACGUUUCGCCAGACGUGUCACCGUCAGCAGUGAUUUCUUGUCGUUUCCUCCCUCUUAGUGUUUGAAAACCACACGACCGACAGCAGGGAGGGGAGGUAAUGGAUGUACGGCGCUCUUUGACAAUGAUGUAUGUCAGGGGAAGUUACCUACAGAUGUCGGUGAAGUUCGGGAAUAUCACCUACAGACCUCAAGAACAGUGGGAGGUGCUUGAUUUUGAUUGACACCCUGAAAUCCACAAAACAAACUGUUUCCGUCUUGGAGAGAUGGAGGUGUACGAAAGUAACGGCAAGAUCCCAUCAGCAAGCCUGAAUUUCUGACACGCCAGAAAUUCAUCCGACCUGUUUGGAGCAGGGAACGUCUCUUGUUCCCCCAGUGCGAUAUCGCGAAAUACUCAACUAGGUUCGGCCAAACUUCAAGAUCAGCUGUAAAACUUUAAGGGAUAUUCCGGCGUCAAAUUAAUUUAGGGUCAAACACACCGUAACACUGAGUUAGACACCCCCUCCAGAGAUGAAUAUUGCCGACCGCUUGCUUCUCUAGUUAUACCAACUUUAGUAACGACCGCACGCUAGCAAUAUACAGCGGUCUACAUCGCCAUGUGCAAACCCCAACCAAAACGCCACUCUGUAGCCACAAAUAAUACUCAGAACAGCACCUAACUUCAUCAACUUUGUAGCGAGACCUCAGGCCAGUCCAUUACGGACUACAGCGGGGUUUCGCAGCUCAAGGAAGAACAUUUAUGAUCAUUUCUUCAUGGAAAUACAGUCAGACCGACACGCUAAGGCAGAAGAACUAACGUGUCUUUAUCACUAUGGGGGUGUCUAACUCAGUGUUACUGUGUAUUCAACCCUAAAUUAAUUUUACGCCGGAAUAUCCCUUUAACGGCUGAAUUCCACAUGAUAAGGAACAGCUGCACGCUGCUCCGGAAUGGCAGCCUGAUCAAAUACACAAGCAUUAUAAGCAACGUGUGUGAUUCCACACAAUCUGUCCGCUGUCCAGCUCCACUGAACGGAACCGCUCCAGGCAGUUGGAUCAGAUAUGCAAGGCUUCUUUUUUUGCCGGAUACCGCAGCGCAGCGCAUCAACUCGGCAGCGGAAGUUGUAUGAGGCUACAGAGUAAAAUGUCAAUACAUUGAACUGUUCUUUAUUUGACAAUAGGAGGGGCCAGGGUUGUGGGGUGUGGGUGUUUAUAUACACCGUCGAUCUCAUUCAACGUCUCACGGUGAAACACGUGAGAUCUUGUUAGAUCUCGUCCAGUCUCACAAGAAAUUUUGGAAAUAUCGCAAGUGCUUCUCCUCCACUUGCGGAAGCCACCAUUUUUGAUCUGCCUGCCAUUCCGGAGUGGGGCGUAGCAUAGCGGAUCUGCAUUCGGCGGAAUCCAAGUGUAACCCCCAAUUUCCACCGCAUCCGGAACGGCUACGAAAAGGCCAUACCUGCUGAUCGAAGCUGAUCGUAACCAUUCAAGCUUCCAUCGGCUUCUUUCUGUUCCGCUGCAGAUCACCGAACUCUGCAGCUGAUCGCAAGAGUUUUAUUUUUUCCGGAUGCCAGAGCAUACUGGAUAAAUUCAGCACAGAUUAACCCGUGCUGGAAAGGAAGUCGGGCACAGACACAAAAUAAAACAUCCGGCUUCUUUUCAAAAUAAAACACUCUGUGUUUUGGGAGGAUCGUAUUUCACACCAUGCAAAUGGGCGGAGACAAACAAGUGGAAGGUUUAUAGACGUCAUUUCACCCUGAUGAUACCAUGGAUGAGAAGAUGCUGAUUCUAGAAAUCUAGAAGUAGAUUUCCUCCUCUGGAAGGACACAAUCUACUGCUAAUAUGGUUAGCCUAUGUGGCUAAAGACAACUUGUUAUCGCGCGAUUGCAUGGAAUCUGCAGGUUCUUGUAAGUUCUUGCGAUUCCUGCUGUCCAUAAUCUGCCAUGAAAUUUGCCUCACAAACGGAUGCGGUAGGACUUGGCAGACGGCGAAAAUUGCUGCCGUUCCGGAUGUGGUGGAAAUCCCGUGUAAGACUUGCAGCGCUCAAUCUGGGAGGCAGAAACCUCGAGCAGAACCAGACUCACACUGAAGAACCCAUCUCCUGGGACUGUAACACAAACAAAUCUAACCCGACCAAGAGAGGUCUUUACUUUCAACUCCGAAUAUUCGGUCUGUGGCAAAAACAAGCACUUUACAGGAACACACUUUGAUUGAGCAGAUCAGCCCAGAGGGAUUAUGUCGCAGCCAUUACAGCCAUGUUCCGGGUUCAGCAGAGGGACCCCGAGAGCUUGAGUCUUCUAGUCAGGUACACACCAGUACUUAGAAAAUAAACAAAAGAAAGGACUCAAGGUAGAUCCUCUCUGAAACUGUCCUGGUUUCUGCUGAGGUUUUUCCAAGAAAAGGUUGGAAAGUUUUGGAGUCUUUGAAAGAAACGUCGGUAAACGUCGAACCGAUACGAAGAAAAAUAGGAAAAAUCAAUUAAGGAGAAAAAGAAGUGAAGGAAAAACGGGAAUAAGAGGAGAGAACAAAAGAGCGAAAGAGGGCGAUAAAAGAGGGCCAGGAUCUCCACUGUAGUGUUGGUGACAUUGGUCCGCCGUCUUUUCAUAAUAAAACUAUUUUUUAUUUCACAAACAUGAAUGAGGAAAGAGCCGAGGGCUGUGUGAGAGUGUGUCUUCUCUAACUCUGGUGUCGACACACACAAACACCUCAGCUCCCCGCCAAAGUGUUUCUGUGUACAAACAUCACACACACACACACACACAAACACACACAAACACACACACACACACUGCUGCGGUAUCUGAGCCAUCACUAGAGGCCAUCAGGAUUUAUUUAGCUUUUAUUUAUACAAGCUUAAAGUCAAACCAUCCAUCUCACACACACGGUAGCCCCCAGCUUUCAUUACAGUGUGUGUGUGUGUGUGUGUGUGUAGCAGAUGACAUUGCGUGCAUGUAAGCAAGUUUUGUGUUUGUGAUGAUAUACAGUAAUACCGAGAUGACACGUGUGAGUGUCUGAGUAUAUGUGUGUGUGUGUGUGUUUUCCCAUCAUCCUCAGCACCCCCAGCCAUGAUGUUGACGACGGCGGUGGCGGCGGCGGUUUCGAGUUGUGUUCUUUAAUAAUCUAAUCCAACAACACAAUUACAAAGUGUCAAAGUGUGGGGCGAGCGUCUCGGACCGGACGGAGUGACAGCGGUAUCGAGAGAUUCAACUUUCAGUUUGAGUGAGGUUACUCGACCGUGGACACGCCCGGGUUUGGAUCUUGUUUCCUCUAAACUUAGAAAAGUCCAAAAAGGUUCAUUAGGAGGUGAUAAACAGGUGAAUAAUCAGACGCCUUGAGCUUGAUUGUGAUUGGUUGAGUAAGAGAACAUGACAUCGUUGGAAUCCUGUUGCUACGUCUCUGUUAUCGAAAACAAAUGAGUGAUACACAUUCGCAACUGUCAUACCAAGCUUGACUUAAUCGCCUAAAACCAUCUGCAUCACCUCCCCAUUUAUCUCAGGGUUAACACGAGUGACCACCUUGGAUGCUGCCAUAUUUGUUGUUUACAUCCCAACCAUCCAGAAGUUGUGUGUGUGUCUAUUUGGUAUAACACAUGUGAUCUGUUAGUGUUGCUCUUCCUUCCCAUCCAUCCAUCCACUCCAACCGCUGAUCUUGAGUUGGGUUCAGAUGUUCCAGAUGUUCGAUGUCCAGCUCUUCACGGAGGUUUGGGUCCUCCCUGUGGUCUCCUACCAGUGGGACGUCCCUCAACAUCUCACCAACGAGGCCACCUCAUCUGACUCCUCUCAACGCAGGGUUUUGACCAAUCAGAAUCAAGUAUUUUACUGGCCUGUUGAUUGGUAGUGGCAUCUCGUACUUUGUUAAGUUGUUAGAAGUUUGAGUGUCUAUGAAAGUUUUAUCAAAAUUCGAAUUUUGGCGAAUUUCGCCAUCUGCUAAUUCCUACCAGAUUCGUUUAUGAGGGGAAUUUUGUGGCGGAUUACGGACAGCAGGAAUCGCGAGAACACACAAGAACCCGCGGAUUCAUGUGCAAUUGCGUGAUAACAAGUUGUCUUUAGCCACGUAGGUUAACCAUAUAAGCAGUAGAUUGUGUCCUUCCAGAGAAGGAAAUCUACUUCUAGACUUCUAGAAUCAGCAUCUCCUCAUCCAUGGUGUCACCUGACACACAGAGUGUUUUAUUUUGAAAAGGAGCCGGAUGUUUUAUUUUGUGUCUGUGCCCGACUUCCUUUCCAGCACGGGUAAAUCUGUGCUGAAUUUAUCCGGCAUGCUCCGGCGUCCGGAAAAUAAUAGAACUCUUGUGAUCAGCGGUGGAGUCCUGCGAUCAACAGCGGAAUGGAAAGAAGCCAGUUGAAAUUGACACGUCAACUUGAAUGGUUACGAUCAGCUACGAUAAACGGAUACGGCCAUUCCAGAUGCGGUGGAAACUGCGGGUUAGAGCCCACUGACGAUCACAUGGUGAUGAUAUACUGUAUACUGGGAUUCAAGUAUUCUAGUACAGCGAGAAGUUUGUGAGCAACAACUUCUUUCCAAGACCUCCAUUUCGGAGAGAGGUGACUGUUUAAAUCACAAGAAAUCACCCCUUCAUGUGCAUCUGCUAAGAAAACCUAUAAUUUCUUGGUUGGGCGCCCCUUCAUCAGUUUCCGGAAGGUCUCAGUUUUAAGCUAAAUGGAGGUUUCAUGCUAGCUCACUUCAACUUUAUAAAAUAACCCAAAAAUGUUUCUUCUUGUGUAUUACUUUUGUUUGUCCAAAGACACCAUUUAAGCACUGAAAAAGAAAGUCUUUGCUGAUUCCACCAUUGGCACCUAAACCGAACCCUGAUACAUAAUCAGCCAGUACCAGUAAGACUCUAAAUCUUCUUGGAUUGGGAACCAGAACUCUUUAGUUUUUGUUUUAUUGUGUAUUCAAAUCAACCUGAAGGAGCUUUCAUCACUGCCGAACCUUGGGACCGAAAAGAACAGACGUUUUAUGCCAAUGAAAAAUGUUCUGGGUGAUAUCCACUCCGCCGUAAUAAAGGCCGAGCUCCCUCCUGCUCCCCUUUCCUUCUGUCCUCGUCUCCCUCCUUUUUUCCCUCCCUGCGUCCCCCUCUGUCCUCCACCUCUCCUUCCCUCUCUGCCCUUCAUCCCCCCUUCUCUUUAUCACUCCACUCAUAAAACCUGCUCAUCCAGAAAGAACAGACUUUAGAGGAGGACGGGGGAGAGGGAGGAAGCGAGAGAGAGAGAGAUGAGUGAGGGAUGGAGACAAGGAGACAAGAAAGAGGGAGAUAGAGGGAUGGAGAGGCAAAGAGAGAAUUUAGUGAACAGUGGCAUUUGGAUGAAGUGUCAGAUAUCGGGUUUAAUUAUUCAUAUGAAUGUGGAAGAGAAGAUUCUGGAUCUAGACUUAGUUUUGAGGGAAACACAACUUCUCUGAACUUUACAGAUCCGCAGAGAUCAGCUGUUUGAAAUGUUUUUUUUUGUGUUUUGACCCCCUAUCCUCAAUGUCCCACAGAGGUCUGGGACACUGCCUGUGGAAUUGCAGACCAGGGUGGCAGUCCCUAUUUUAAGAAGAGGGUCUGGAGGGCGUCCUGUGACUAUCAGGGUAUCACUCCCAUCCUCCCAGAAAAAGUUUAGUCCAAGGUGCUUAGAGGAAGACCCCAACUGAGUGUCAAAACUUGUGGAUCAUGUCCUGGUUCCAGGAUAGUGGACCAAGCUUUACCCUUGCCCAUCCAGGGUGUAUGUGUUUUGUGGACUCAGAGAAGGCUAGGAUUCUGUCCCUGAGGGGUCUUGUGGGGGUUAUGAGCCAUCUAGUCCUUGACCAAAGACAGCCUGGCCCAGUGUGUGCCGGCCUCUGUGACGGUUGCCUUGUCUCUCCGUGGGCAGGAUCUCAAAGUCCAGAUUUGCCUCAGAUUAUCGUCUCUGGUUUUUGAGGAUGAUGUGGUUUUGUUGGCUGGUUGCAACCAAGUGCAGGGUGGCUGGGAGAAGGGUCGGCACCAGAAACAGUCCAAGGCCAUGGUUUUCAGCUGGCUUGUCUCCUCUGGUUGGGGGGUGAGUCCUUACCCAAAGAGACGGAGUUUAAGUAUCUCAGGAGAUCACGAGUUUGGCAGACAUGUUUCCUCCAAAGAGGGUCUAGAAGGAUGUGUCCUAGAUGCCUCCCUUUAGGGGUCUUUCAGGCACGUCCAACCGGGAAGAGACCCUGGUUAGUCCCAGAUUGCUCUCGAGGGAUCAUAUGAAUCCCGUCUGGCCUUGGAAUCCCCCAUGAGGAUAUGGAAAGUGUUGCUGAGAAAAGGGACAUCUGGGGGAUCGUGUGUUGUUGUGGCCCGGCUUGAAUUUAGUGGAAGAGGACGGAUGGAAAAGCUUGAAGAGGAUUUCUUAGUUAGCCACAAAUCUUGCAGGUUUUUUGCUGGAUCCUGGUUUUCCUGUGCAGUAAGAGAGAGAGAAAAAAAGGGAGGGUGAGAGGCACAGAAAAAAACACAAGAGCGUGAGAGCAGGUCUCAAGGUGACAUGUCGUUGUCCUGGUUCCUCUUUUUAAACAGCAAAAGAGGCCAAAAACACGACUCCCUCCCUCUCUCUCUCUUUCUCAGUGUCUCUUAUUCUCUUCUACUGUCUCUCGCCCAUUAUCUCCCUGCCUCCUCUUUUUUUUUCUGCCACCCUCACUAAAAAAGGCUAAAGCAUCUCUCUCUCUCUCUCUCUCUCUCUCCCUGUUUUUUAUAUUUAACUCGUUCUCUUUCAGCGUUUACAUCCCUUCAUCCCGAUGCCACCCUCUCUCUCUGUUCCUGUCGUCUUUGCCAGCAGCGAUGUCUUCAAACUCUGAUUGAUGAUGGUUGCCGUCGGUUGCCGUUGUGUCCUGCUUUCUGUUUUUACCAAAAUACUUUCUUUCUUUUUCUCUCCCCUCUAUGAAAACUUUUCAACUUUUCUUUUUUUUUUUGAAACUGCUGAUGUGAAAGUCAACUGGCCCCCCCGCUGAGUCCUCUGAACGCGAGAGGUUUGAGGAACGGCAGGACUUUAGCUUUAUUGAUAACAAAUACUUGAUUUAAAUGACUGUAAACUGAACGACAGAUUAACGUUUGAUUGAUUUUAAAGCUGAAAAUCACAGAUCUGAUGGUUUAUUUUCAUUUAAACGCAGCUCAAUACCUCACAUUUAAGAUAUAUUUAAAGCUAAGAUAGAUAGAUAGAUAGAUAGAUAGAUAGAUAGAUAGAUAGAUAGAUAGAUAGAUAGAUAGAUAGAUAGAUAGAUAGAUAGUGUGGUUUGCUCAUUAAUGGGGAGCUUUAUUAAAUGUGUUUUUUAAUGUUUAUUUCAUUAUUAACACAUAAUCAGUGCCAUCAAUCACUCUGACAGCCACCUAUUGUCAGGCUGGCUGUCACACCGCACCGCUGUGUGUGCGUGUGUGUGUGCACGUGUGUGUGUGUGUGUGUGUGUGUGUGUGUGUGUGUGUGUCGCAUGGAGAGAUAAAUAAAGAUAGAGGGAGUGAGCGCGUGUGUAUUUGACGCAAUUUCAACAAGGUGUGUAAAAUCAAUAGUCCUUGUCUUUAGGCAAAGGACAGAGGAGGCAGGAGAGGAGAUGAGAAAAGGGAAGACUCGAGGAAGCGAGGAGGCGACACGUGAAGGAAGCGAAGAAGGGUGAAACGACGAAGAAGGCUUUAUUUCAAGAAGAUGAAUGAUUUUUUUGUAAAUAUAGUUUCUCUUUACUCAAACAUUUUAGAGGUCAUAGACUGAGCGGAGAGUCCGUGAUAACUAAACUCAGAUGGAGCAGCAUUCAAACAUAAAAAGAUUAAAAUGGAGUCUGGAAAUAAAUCACUUCUUUGGCGAACCUUUAAGCUCGACUAUUACCAGAACUUUGGUAAUUAAAAAGAGCUGAUUUAUAUUCCUUAUACUUUAAAAUCUUUGGUGUGGUUUUAGUUGGAUUAGGUUUGGCAAGGUUGAGAUUGGUCAGAAUUUCUUAGGUUGGGCAAAGUGGGUUUGGUUUGGUUUGUGUUGGGUUUGGUUUGUGUUGGGUUGGGGACAUUAGGUUUGGUAAGAUUGGUUUUGGUUGGGUUAAUUGGGCUUGAAAAGGUUGGUCUAGUUGGGUUAGUUUCUCUGUAUUUGGUUUGGUUUUGUUGGGGUUGAUUGGGUUUUUUGGGUUUGGUUAGGUUCUUUAAGACCAUUUUGGUGGUUAUUGUUUCAGUUUGGUUGGGUUAAGAAGGUUUUGAUUAGGAUCUUUUCAUUGGAUUAGGCUUGCUCAAGGUUUUGAUUGGCUUGGUUAGUUGGUUGGGGUUGGUUUAGUUGGUUUAGUUGUGUGAGGAUUUGGUCAAGUUGGGUUGAACAGGGGUGGUUUUGGUUCAGUUUGACUUGGUAAUGUUGGUUUUUAGGUUUGGUUAGGUUCUGUAAGACCAGUUUUUGGUCACUUUUGGUUUGAUUUGUUAAGACUUGAUUCAUUUUGGUGGUUGUUGUUUUGGUUUGGUUUGAUUAAGAAGGAUUUGACUGAGAUCUUGGUCAAGGUUUUGAUGGGUUUGGUUAGUUGGGUUGGGACUGGUUUGGUUGUAUUUGGUUUAGGUUAAUUUAUCCCAGCUGGUUUUCACUGAGUUGGACUUGUACUGCUUGUACUGGUUCAGGAUAGGCUCAGGGUUGGACUAAUACUUGGUUAGGUUGCAGGUCCAUAACCUUCUUUUCUAUUCUAUUGGAGAGGUUGGUCUGGUUGGGUUUGCUUCUGUUGGGAAGGACUUGUUUUGGUUGGUUGGCCUAUUGGGUCAGAUUUGGCUCGGUUGGUUGGUAUACUUUAUCGUCAGUUAGCUAGAAACUAUCAACACAAUCAUUGUUGCCAACUCCCCAGUAAGGAAAGUCGCCAGAUGACGCCAUCCUCAAAAUUAGAUAAUUUUAGUAGGAGUCUUCCUUGGGGUGUCUGUAUGAUGCUUAACCGCCACCCGCUAAGAAGAGCAACAUCAAUAUCUGCUUCCAUGUCAGAGUCUACAAACUCCAGAAAAAGUCGCUAAGGGGGGUCUAAAAAGUCACUAAAUCUAUCUACAAAUUCACUAGUUUGGCAACACAGAGCAGAAUCCGUUCACUUUCUUAAAUUGAGAGUUUAACCACAGAAAACCAUAAAAGUACCACCUUAAUUCUGAUUAACCCUCCACCUUUCCUGUCAAAGUAAUAAUAGUUUUUCACACAUCCUCAAUCAGAACAAUAACUCCACAACACACGUCAGUUCACACAAACACCGUAUCUGUGAUUCAGGUAAAAAUAAACCCUCUCUGAACUUAUCAUUCAAGUGUUGCUGGUUCAAAUCACAGCAGGAGAACUCUUCCCACCCUCCAAAAAAUGUCAAAAAACCGAGUAUUUGAUGAAAAGCCGUUUGAAGAAACUACGAUUGAAACGCACUUGAGCGAGCACCCGACCGCUGCGCCGCGGUAGAAAACAGUGCGCUGGGAAAAGAGUCAAUCAAGGGGCGGUUAAGAAGUGAACAUGAAACGGGAAAAUCAGAGUGAGAAAUACCUUCAAUCGGACGGAAUCAAAACCAAAGCCGGUUGUAGUUUUCGGAGAGGUGGGGUGCUCAGGGUUCCCAGGUGGCGCUGCGGUUUUCAUUCCCCUUCGAAAUAUAAAUAAAAAAAUAACGCUCAAUGGGGACGACGAGGGUGGGGUGGGUGGAAAUGGCACGGGAAGAGUGGAAGCAUUUGGACGAGCGCUCGGGUUUUUAAAUUCGACUCUGGGAAACUUUAUUGAUCCGAGUGCCAAACGGAAUUAUGGAAACGAACCCGCAGCUUUGAAGAGAAGUUUCACUGUCGUUAUCGUAAGCUCCUAUAAUCCAUCAUAUCUGGGAAUCAAAUUAACAUAUAUUUACACACACACACACACACACACACUUAGAGGCGGGCGCUCACAUAAUUUCUCUGUCUCUUUCACACACUCACACUCACACCGAGGCCAAAUCAUUAGUUGUAGGUUAAUUAGUGUUAUAAUUAAUAACCCAGCAGACGUGUGUGUGUUUAUAUGUGUGUGUGUGUGUGUAACGAGGGGUCGGGAGUUAAAUCAUAUUAAUUUCAACAUUGAUUAAGCAAUAAAAAAGACUUUUAACCAGCGGGGGUGUAUAUCACUUCACCACACAGGCAUCGCAAUUUGAAUCUAUGUAUUAAUUAAAAUGCAUGUGUGUGUGUAAGUGUGUGUGUGUGUGUGUGUGCUAGAGCGAGGAAGGGAUCAACACUCUUUAGGGGAGAUAAAGAGAGAGAGGGAGAGAUUUGAAGGGGAGUGAUAGCUAAACAUGGAUGUAAUUCAGAGAAAACGGCGCCGAAACAGAAGACGGAGAAGACGAGGAGGGGAGCGGGAUCGAGGGAACGUGUGAGAGGUAAAGAUAAAAUUAAAAAACCAAGGAGAGGGAGCGGGAGGGAGGAAGGAAGGAAGGGGGGGAGACCGGCUGCUGUGUGAUUGGAUAAGCGCCAGUGCCUCUUUGAAAUUGCGAUCGCCUCAGAUAUGCGUUUCGACGUAUAGCUUAACUUUUCUCAUAUAGAUAACGGCUUCGUUAGCCCAAAAACUUUGCAUCGUCGCAGACUUGAAAGAGCGGACGCGCGAGGCGUUUCCGCUCUAAUUUCCCAGUCAAGCCGCGGUGAUUGAUCUGCUUUGAAGGAGUUUUUUUUUUAAGCUGUCGGAUUUAAAAGGAGGCGAUGAGGAGCGGCGCUUUUAUGGCGGCGAAACUUCGCCGGGGUUCAACGUGGCAACGACUCCGGAGGCGCAGGGGGUUUUCUCGGAGCGCCAACAAAGGUGGGGAAUAAUUGAGUCCUUAUUGUGCGGUUGAAGCGUUGGAGUGAGUUAGUGGCUGAGCGAGGCUGCCAAGGCUUCCCCCCGAGACCCUGCAAGGCCUCGGCGAAGGUAAGCGCCAUAAAACAUGGCGGGAGGAAGGUUAAAGCAGCAGCAGGUGAGGCUUUAAAGAGGAGGAGCAGCAGAUUAAGACUGCGGUUUGUUUUACUCAACUCAGUGUCUUCAGCUGACAGGCUUUUAUUCUGAUAUUUACAUUCAGGUUAGUUUAUUUCCUUUACAGUUGGACAAUGCUUUUAUUUUGAAGUUUGCAUCAGUUUACUUUACUUCCUUUAAGGUCGAAACAUGCCUUUAUUUUCAUAUUUUUUAUCAGGUUACUUUAUUUCCUAAAAUUCAAAACCUGUUUUUAUUUUGAUAUUUGCAUCAGGUUACUUUAUUUUCUUUUGGAGUAAAAACAUGCUUUUAUUUUGAUAUUUUUUUUUAUCAGUUUACUUGAUUUCCUUUAAAGCUGAACCAAGCUUUUAUUUUGAUAUUUGUGUUAGUUUUUUUCCCUUAAAGUCAAACCAUCCUUUUAUUUUGAUAUUUGCAUUAAGCCACUUCAUUUCCUUUACAGGCAAAGCAUGUUUUUAUUUUGAUAGUUGCAUCAGGUCACUUUAUUUCCUUUUGAAGUAAAAACAUGCUUUUAUUUUGAUAUUUUUUAUCAGGUUACUUUAUUUCCUUUAAAGUCAAACCAUACUUUUAUUUUGAUACUUGCACCGGGUAGAUUCAUUUCCUUUUAAGUCGAACCAUGCUUUUAUUUUGAAAUUUACACCAGGUUACUUUACUUUCUUUAAAGUCAAAUCAUGCUUUUAUUUUGAAAUUUACAUUAGGUUUCUUUAUUUUUUUAAAAGUUGAACCAUUCUUUUAUUUUGGAAUCUGCACUAGGGUAACUUUAUUUCCUCUAAAGUGGAACCAUGCUUUUAUUUUGAAAUUUGCAUUAGGUUUCUUUAUUUUUUUAAAGUUGAGCCAUGCUUUUAUUUUGAAAUUUACAUUAGGUUUCUUUAUUUUUUUUAAAGUUGAACCAUUCUUUUAUUUUGGAAUCUGCACUAGGGUAACUUUAUUUCCUCUUAAGUGGAACCAUGCUUUUAUUUUGAAGUUAUGAAAAGUGAGUUGGUGAGCUGAAAUAAAACACUUUUUUUCUGUUUUUAACCUUAAGAGCCGUAUUUUUAGAUUUUUCCUGUACUUUUUAUCAUCUCACUUUGGUCAGACAGGAAAAAGGAGGUGUUGAAAUUUUCAAAAUAAAAGCUGAUGAUUUAAAAAAAAACAGAGUGGAUAUAAUCUGUCAUUAAGAAGGUCAAAACAUGGAGGAAGUUUAUCAAAGUUUUACUUUUCGACGCCCUGCUGCUCCUGCGAAUUUUACUAAAAGAUGAAUUUAGAUUUUCACAGUCUAUUUAACAUCCUUUUGCGUUUUCGUCUUUACUUUGCGUGAAACUGCGACACACAAACACACACCUGACUUCUUCAUGAAAGAAAGUGACUCACUGCAGAAUAAAAUCAGCGCUCAGACCUGCUGCAGAUAUUAAAACAAACACAGGAGCCAUCACUGCAAACCUGCGCAAGAUCUCUCUACUUCAAACACACACUCUUUUUUUCCCUCUCUUUAACACACACACACACACACACACACACACACACACUCACCGCAGGGUGUAGGAGGGAGAAAUGAUGAGAAGAUCAAUCAUCAGCUGUCAGGAGUGGCUAAUAGAGUAUGAGAACAACAUAUUAACUAUACUGGUUAGAUUAACACUCAUUCACACACACUUUCUCUCUUCUCACUCACACACACGGACAAAUACAACCUUAACUAUUGAUCAGCUGAGUGUUCGAUGCAUUAGCUAUAAACACACAAACACACACACACGAUAACAAACCCGACAAAUCUUCAGUCUGGGUGUGUCUUUAGUGAUAAACAGAGCGAUCUCUGUGGAGAUAAACUGGCGCAGCGGCAGAGUUUCCUCCUGAACGCCGCCAGAGACGGAGAACAAUCGGAUUUUUUAACGGAGGGGAAUCUCUCUCCGUCUCCAACACACACACACACACACACACACACACACACACACACACACACACACACACUUAUGUUCGCCAGGGGUUGACUGAAAGCUGGAGCUACACCUGAGUGUAAGUGGAAGAAUUCAGAAACACUCCAGCUGUUAUGAAAUGGGCGAAGGCAACAGGGAAGUAGGUUCAAGUUUUGGUUCGAGGGUUCGGGACGGUAUAAAGUACGACUUUGAAACCAAACGGGUCCGAAACGCCGAUUAUUCCUAGAUCUGACGCUAUGGUGACUCUCAUAAUCAGUUCUAUCUAGAAGUCAAACUCAUAAAUCGUAUCGUCCUGCAGUUUGCUCUUGUUUUGCAGCUUCACUCUCUGCUGCACAGAGCUGCACUCUAAUCCUGACAGUGCUCAUAUACAGGUGCUGAUGAUAGAAGCUCUUCUUUCUCAAUGGGUCAAACUCACAAAUCAUAAAGCUUUGAUGGCGUUAAAGUGUAAAAAAACCAAAACGUUCUUCAGAUUUGUUCUUGUUUUGUGUCUCAUUUUGCAUUUUUAUUCUGCUUUAGAAUCACGACUUCUUGGGGAAAUCUCAGAGGACUUUCACACCAACGUCGUUUGGUCCAGACCUCUCCAGGCCCUUGGUUCGGAACAAACGGACGGAUCUUGGUCUGACCCAAAGAGGUGGUCUUGGUUUGGACCAAACCGAGCCAUGGUUUGGUUCAUGCCCGGUGUGAGAGUGUUAUUUUGAAAGGUUCGUGCCAAAGACAGGAAAUGAUGCGAGGAGUAGAAGUGUCCGUAAUUAUGUUGAACGGAGAUAACGCAAAAUUUUAUAAUUUUGUCGACAAAGUUAUACCUCACUACUGACUUAUCUUUUCUCCCGAGUCAGUGUUGCAGUGACUUGCAAGAUUGCAUACUUGCAAAGUUGUCGUCUAAUGAUCAAAUUCACGAGUCUUCCUCGGACCAGACUCAUGAACAGUUCUUCAAGUUGUCGCUGUUGGAGGUAGAGAAACAAAAAUAGUACGAUGGUGGGAACAACGAUUCUAUCCAUGUUCAUUCAAGACUCGCGCUUUCAACGUGUUGACGUCGGACGCCCGCCGACCGAAUGACCAAUCAACGUAAACUACAGAGACACGCAAAUCACAAAGUUGAUGACGAUAUCAUGUAGGUUCGUCAGGUAAAGUCCGUUAAUGAGAGUGUGAAACCUAAACAAACAAAAACACGGACCUUGGUUCGGACUUUCAGGUGUGAAAAUACCCUUGAUUAAAGUCAUGGUUGACGAUUAGAGAGAUUGGUAAUCAUUAUGAACCUCGAUGUUUUAUCUUCGCCUCAGGGAACGAACCGCUGCUCGGCAGUUCGUGAUCGACGAUACACCCCUCCCUCCUCUGCCUGAAUAAAGUCAUUCGGGAGUCGUUCGUUUCGUUCACCAUGUCGUUCACAGACAGAGUGAAUCACGAGACUCCGCCCUACUGCUCGCGGCUGAACUCAACUGAACUGAGAAAGGAACGAAUCAGGUCUUGGAGUGAUUCCGACAAAACAUUCACGAACGACACAACAACACCGCCGCUAGUCACUAACAAUCCGACAUGUUGAAGCUAGCGUAGGAUCUUCUGCCGGCUGACUACUCGCUCUGCCAGAGGGGGUGUGUCGUGGCGAGGGCGAUUCAGGUUUGGGGGGGAGUUAUGGUGGAGCACAGAGGGGAGAGGUUUGUGCGUGAGGGGGGUGGGACGAUCGGUUUUUCCAACUGCUUCUCAGAUCGUUUAGGUCAGGUCAAAAAAACACGUCACUUAUCUUCCCACGCUGAUCGUUUUCAGAAACCAAUAAUCAAUAUUUUUUUAUUGAUUAACAGUGGUUAUAUUUCCUCAUUUCAGCCGUAAACAGACUCAGAGUCUAAAUCCGUGAUUUUCACCGUCAUGUUUAAAGGUGUGCGACAAAAUCUCUUAAACUCUUUAACUGGAAACUACAGCCGCACUCUUUUCUCUGACCUCCUUAAUGAUGCAUUACACCCCUGCGUGUGUGAGUGCGUGCACGCGUUUUAGCGUACGUGCACGAGUGCGUGAGUGUGUGAGUGUGUGUGUGUGUGUGAAUGAGUGCUGACCUUUCCCCAGUGUUAGCCGGUCGGAGCCAUCACAGGAGGUAUUAAUGGACUAAUCACAUUAAACAGAGAAUCAUUAAUCAUCUCCGCUCAGCGCUGUCACCGCCACGCAACGCCUAAUCAACUCUAUUGUUUACACACACACACACACACACACACUCACACACACGCAGACAUGAGGCAUAUGAAAAAAACACACACUCACACGGGCAUGAAAGGUGCGAUUUUGCAGCAAAAACCAAAAUAAAUUUAACCGUAGACUCUAACCUCUCUCUCUCUCUCUUUCUCGUCAUUUUUCAGUCUCUUUGUUCGUUUCUCUCUUUUUUAUUUUAAUCUUCACGUGUUUUUCUCUUAAAUCGUCCCUCUAUUCUCUCCAUCACGCGUCCUCUUCUCCAUCUCUCACCCUCUCUUCACUGUUUUUUGCCGAUUCAGCAGCGGCGUCAUUAAGAUGCCUGGUAAAAAAAGCAGAGACGAACACACACUUUGCAUCUUUAAUAACCGACGCAGAAGCGAAAGUGACACCGUGCUGAACCAAGCUAAACACGGAAAAGUUCAUUUAAAUUCUGAGUCUAAUCGGAUUCUGCGCUCGGCUGUCGUUAGCGGUUAAGUUCUCUAACGUUUCUGUCGAUAAACCGCCAAAGAUUCUGAUUUCCUCUUGAAUAUUUAUUUUAUUGCAGUUAAUCCACUUUUUGUUUGCAAAAAUAAUAAUAAACAUAAAAAACAGGAUCAUGUCUUUGGUUUUGAACAGCCAGUAUAAAAUGUUGAAUUUAACUUUUUGGACUUUAUUUUAUUUUUAUUUUUGGCGACCAUAAAUUAGGGGUAAAGUAGAGGGUAAAAGCCAUCGACUAAAGUCACUUUAUUAAUAAAGUUGAAUAAAUAAAAACAAAACUAAAGAAAUAACAGACUUAAAUAAAAGUUUAUGCCAUAUACAAAUGUAACUGAUUAAUAAAAGAUGAAAAAAAUUACUAUACCGGGUUGUAAAAAUGAUUAUUAUUGAAUUUAAUGGAGGUUAACUCUCUUUCGGCCAAGCCCCUAGUGGCCACUUGAAGAACUGCUGCUCUUAUUUAAUCCUUUCAAACCCUAGUUUGAAAGUUAAACACUGAAAAGUUCAUGAAGAUGGAUUAAUCGGAUUAUGCAAGAGCCUCUAAUUUUCUCUAGAAUAUUUAUUACAUUUCCGGUAAUUGUUUGCAAUAAUAAUAAUAAACAUAAAAACAGCCUGUUUAGAAUGUUGAAUUUAACUUUUUGGAAAUUUUAAUCUUGAUUUGUUUCUUAUUUAUUUUUAUUUUUGGCGACUAUAAAUAAGGGGUUUGCCGAAGCUGUGACGGAGCCAGUGGAGGGUAAAAGCUAUCAAUUAAAUUCAGUUUAUUUAUAAAGUUAAAUUAAAAAAAACUGGAAUAAAACAAAAUUUUUAAGAAAUACAAGAGUUAAAUAAAAGUUUACACCAUGUGUUUAUGUCAAGGAUUUAAAAAAUUUACUGUACUGGGUUGUAAAAAUGUUUAAUAUUGAGUUUAAUGGAGGUUAACUAUCUUUCAGACCAAGCCCCUAGUGGCCACUUGAAAAACUGCUGCUUUUAUUUAAUCCAUUCAAACCCUACAUUUUUAAAAUUUUUUAAAAAUUUUUAAAACUCUGCAGAUUAGCAAGUCACGCCCACCCCUUGAAUUGACCACGCCCAUAAUUUCACAUAAUCUUAACCCUUAUUUUAGUAAUCUCAACUCGGCGAAGGGAAAGUAAAAAGAAAAAAGUGUUUACUUCUGUUUUAACGUCAUUUAAAAAGGGACCUUAUGGUGGUUGACUCGCUUUUGGAGCGAGCCUCUAGUGGCCACUUGAGGAAGUACAUUCUUUGAACACUUUGUGUUUGUUUUGGCUCAGAAAUACCAUCCAGAUUUUUUGUUAUAAGUCUGAUCAGUUUGAUUUAACUCCAUUGUUUUCUUUGGACUGGUCAGUAGAGAAAAUUUCAGACUUAUUUAUUCACGACAUAGAAAUCAAGUUCUUUCACUACCAAAACAUUUUCAAUGGUUUUGAAAAGUUUAAACGCCACGGGGCAAAGUUAGAGGUGCGUCCAGAUGAGACGGAUGAUGGAUGUCAAACAGACAAACGGACAAUUUCAAACUGGAGGGAAAGUUUUCGUCUUUAAAGAGCCGCCACGGCUCAUAUAUUCCACCUCCUCACUCACUCUGACGGAUUUUCCUCCACUCAUCCAAUCUAACCAGUCCUGGAAAGAGUGUGUGUGUGUGUGUGUGUGUGUGUGUGUGUGUGUGUGUGUGUGUGUGUGUGUGUAAAUGAUUAGACAUGGACGGAGGGAGGAACGGAAGGAAAGAUCAGGGGAAUUCCUUCACUUGAAACACCGGUUGGUUGGUUGGUUGGUUGGUUGGUCGGUCGCACCUUCUGACUCAAAUAAAAAGAGAGAAAGGUAGAGUAAUGGAGGUAAAGAAGGAUAGAAGAGAGGAUAGAAAUGAGAAUGAAUAAAAAAUAAAAAAAGGUUGAAAAGUUUGUGUUUUUAAAGGACGUGAAUCAGGACAGAAGAGGGAACAAAAAAACACUCACUCCACACUCACACCGUUUACGGCACACAGCUUCAAUCCAGAAACAUCCUGAUGGAAAAUGACACACACACCUGUGCCAUCAUGUGCAGGCCAGCUUUACACACACACACACACACACACACACACACACACACAGCUGACAGCAGAGGAGUGACAGAGCGAGACGGAGAGACAAACACGCCAAGCCUUCAUCAGAAUUUAAACUAUAACGGAAAAAAGCGUGUUUCCGUAACUAAAGUGAAAAAGAAAUUUAUCAAAAAAAGAGCAAAAAUAUAAAUUCAUAUUUUUUAGUAUUUACUUUUUAUUGCCAAGGAAGAAUCCAGCAAAUUUACCAAAAAACUGAAAUAAAAAAUAAAGUCAUGAGCAGAUUUGUCCAUCAACUUCCUGUUUAAAGGAAAAACUGUGAGGGAUUCAAACAAAGAAAAAGAGAAAAAAAUGGAAUAAAAAAAGAGAUUGAUAAUGAUUGAUUAUUAAUAAUAAGAAUAAGAAUGAAUAGAAAGUAUGUUAAAAAAAUUCAACAUACAAUUCAACAAAACGACCCAGUAAUUGUAGAGAGUGACUGGAGAGUGAUUGGAAAAUAAAAAAAUAAAAAAAAACUUUAAAAAAAGAAUUAAAUAGAAAUUCAGUUUAUAUAUAUAUCAAAAACAGGGACAAUAACAGGGGAAAUGUUAAAGAAGAAAAGAAGAAAAAACAGAGAAGAAAGAAAAAGAAAAACGACAAGACAAAAAAAAUUAGAAAUAAGGAAGAGGAAAAAGGAAACAGAAAGAAAAAGAAAAAAGAAGUUAAAAGACAAUAAGAAAAUAAUAGGAAAGAAUGAAGAAGGAAAUGAAGGACAGAAAGAAAGGAAAAAGAAAAUUCAUGAGAACAAAAGUGUAAAAUGAAGGAGAAAGAACAGAGAAAAUGAAAGAAAGGAAAAUAAGAAAGAAGUUAAAAAGACUAAGAAAGAAUGAAGGAAGGAAGGAAGGAAGGACAGAAAAAAGAAAAAAAUUCAGAAAAAUGAAAAUUUCAAUUAAAAAGACUAAGAAAGAGAAGAAAUGAGAAAAAAGAAAAGCAAAAGAAAAGAAAGGUGGAUGAGGAAGAGACAGGAAAGAAAGAAAGAAAGAAAGAAAGAAAGAAAGAAAAGAAAGAAAAUGGACAGAAGACAGAAGUGUGAGCGCCCUCUACAGUCCUUGUUGCAGAGGUUGGUGGUUUGAUUCUCAGCUGUGACCCUUUACUUCAUUCCUCCCUUUGCCCUCUUUCCUGCUUUUCUUUCAAAUUAAGACAAACUAUAAAAAAGAAAGGAAAAAGAAAAAAACAAAAUAAAAAAGGAUAAAAGAAAAAAAUCAUAAAAAGAAAGAAAGAAAAACUGAACUGAAAACAACUAAUAAAGUACACAAAGUAAAACACAGACUAGAUGAAAUAAAGGGAUGAAAGUGAGAGGAGUGAGAGGAGUGGAGGAUGAGCGGACGAAGGUGAAGACGAGCGCAUUAGGAGCGUCGGUGUCUUUUAGCGAACGUCUAAUUUGUAAGAUGAGAGCCGGAGAGCUAACCAAGUGUAAAAACACCAUCUCCAACUCUGAUUAAAGCCUUCCACUGUAAUAAUGAGAUCUCCUCCAAUCCUUUUAACACCGCCUUCACACACACACACACACACACACACACACACACACACACACACACACACACACUUCUCUUAAUCCUGGAUUUUUCAAUAUAAAUUUAAGGUCAGACGUUUAAUUUCGGUGUUUCUGUCUUUUAAUCACUUUAUGGACUCAUCCUUCACAUUUUCUCUUCUUUUACUUUCAUCAUUAUUACGUUCGUUUAUUACUCGUUCUCCGUCAUUAAAUCAUCCUCUCAUUUUUGGGGGGUUUGUUCUUUUUUUAAACCAAUGAAGUUCAAGAAUAAAAAGUUCAGGUUGAGUUAAAGGGGGUUCAUUUAACUCCUGGACACAAAUAUUUACAGUUUAGCGAUAAAUUACUUCUUUCUGACGCUCGUUUAAAAACCAAAAAGCAAGAAAAAUUAACGCAAACAAACAUUUGUUUUCAUCUGUUCCUUGCAGGUCUCAGCUUCACUGUAAAAAGUUAAACAGAGGCUUCAAUUUGGCUUAAUUCAAGAGAAUUAACCUGAAAUAAAUCAGAUUUUUCUGAAAUAAUCAAGUCUAAGGUUUGCCAAAAAAACUGAGAUAUGAUGCCGAUUUGUAAAAGUAAAAAGUCGAGUUUUGUCAGGUCUUUUUCAUCACUUUUAGACUGUUUUUGAUCCACUCAUUAAAGUCAGGAUACUGUUACUGUAGAUUGUAUUCAGCCUGCUUUUGCUCUCCAUACUGACCGUUCAAAUAAAAAGAAAAGGAGACGAAAAUUUUGAUAAACGAAAAGCAAAAAACUCACCAAAACGUUCAAGAGAAAUCCAAACAUGAAACUUAGGACGACUCUGGGAGAACUGUGGACCACUGGAGAGGAAGUCGGACGAAGACGAUGAACCGACCUGGAGGGAGAGAAAGAGAAAACGAGCAACAGGUGUGAGAGACGAGACACAGGUGACACUAACGAGCAAUUUCAAAAAAAGGAGGGAAAACGAGAUUCAGCACACAAGGAUUUAAAGGUGAGGAAUCUGUUAAAGAAGCAUCUUUUUUUAUGGUGUAUUUACAAAACAGCUUUUAAUAUCAGUCAAUAGUUAUUAGUUAUUGAUGACAUUUGGUAAUAUAACGAUAUCUCUGUGUUCUCUUAUGUCUGUGUCAUCAACAUUUGAACAUUUUGAGCAGUCCGCUCUUUCUGACCGUAAACAAAGCCGUUCUCCACCUCCUCUAACCUGAUUGGUUGUGAGGCAGAUGCUGCUCCCAAACAAAGUUAGCGUGCUACAAUAUCGGACAGUAGAAACCAACCAGAAAGUUCGGAAAAAUUGUCUGAAUCCUCCUUUGGCCACGACUGAAAUUCUCCGAUAGUAAAAAGUAACUCAAUAAAAGUCCCGUAAGUCUUGUAAAGUUUGACCAUCAAAUCAAAACGUUCGAGCUCUGCCGCCCUCUCCGCCUAAGUACUCAUGGUUUCCACCCACUCUGAAGGGUUUUAAAAAAAAACCUUUCUGGCAGCGUUAGAGAAUUAACCGUGUUAAAAUCUGUACCUUUUAAUCCCCGUAAGUGUCAAAGCAAAACCCUCCAACAAUCGUCUCACACCGACUUCCAUUCCCUCGGUGUGAAAUGGGCUCUUCAGUCGUCUUAACUGGCUUACAGCCGUCCUCUUCUGUCUCAACGACAAAUCCUAUUUUCAGCUCUCAUCAGUGGAGAACAGACGCACGGAUGUCUCUGUUUCAAUAUCUCAUUUAACCGCACGCACACACACACACACACACACGCACACACAGACACACACACGUGGAGCUUGUUGCCACAGCUGCAUUCGGAGACAAAUCCCUUUUUCUGCUUUGCCCUCUCAGACAAAAACCACUCGUCUCAUUUCCUCACACUGCCUGUUGCACAAGAUAAAAGACGACUUUGUGUGUGUGAGUAUGUGUGUGUAAUCAAGUGGCUUCACUUAUGUUCUCUCUCUUUUUCCUUCCGUUUACAUCCCUUCAUCCUCUUUCCUUCCUUUUUUUCUGUCUCUCUCAAAGAUGAAGUCGCACUGCUGUGUGGGAAUCAGGCACCUGGAUGGAGAGACUAUUCGGUUACCUGUAAACACAAGCUAGUCUCAGGGUGGUGUUCCCCAAGGUUCAAUACUGGGUCCUCUAUAGUUUGUUAAAUUAUUGCUCUGUUCAGAGGUUCCGUCUAAACUUUCAUUAUUAGCAAUGUAAAACUUUUUGUUCCUUUAAGAUACCUUUAUUAACGAUGGUCUCCUGAUAUGAAAAUCUGUUAGGUGGCGCCUCCCAGGGGUCUAUGCUGGGUCCUCUUCUUCUUUGCUCUUUAGAAACAGGUUAUAGCUACACAACCAUUGUUUCUCUGGUAAAUUAUCAGGGUCUCUUGGUCUUCUCAGAGGCUUCUGAUCCCUUUGGUCUCCUCAUCUGCAAAUUCGUUCGGUGGCGUCCCCCAAGGUUCAAAUCUGGGUCCUCUUCUGUUUGCUUUGUGAAUUUUUCACCUUUGUGUCCUAGAAAAAGAUAACCACAUAACAUUCAUUAAUUCUUUCUAUUUUUCAGAUACCCCUAAGUUACUUUGGUCUAAUUUAGAAAUCUGUUCAGUGGUGUUCCCCAAGGUUCAGGGCUCGGUCCUCCUCUGUUUGCUUUAUUUAUGCUCCACUGUGAUUUCAUGAAAAGACACAUCUAAACAGUCAUCUAAACAGACUUAAUCACUCUGUAUUGAGCUUUUUAAAUGCUUAUAAUGACUUAGAUCGUCUUCGUUGAUAAUCUGUAUGUUGGCGUCCCCCAAGGCUCGAUACCGGGUCCUCUUCUGUUUGUUUUGUUAUGCUCCACUUUUGCUCUUUAAAAACAGGUUAAAUCUUAACAAUCAUUGUUUCUCUGGAAAAUUAUCUCAGUUUCUUGAUGGAACUUUCUUGGUCUUCUCAGAGGCUUUUGAUCACCUUGGUCUCCUGGUCUCCUCAUCGGUUUGGUGGCGUCCCCCAAGGGUCAAAGCUGGGUCCUCUUCUGUUUGCUAUGGACCCUUAUACAUUUGAGAAUUCGUAAUCCUAGUCUUAGUCUGGGAACUGUUUUGGUUUUCUGCUGUAGCGUUGUGUCGUUCAGGAACGUUUCUGCUGAGUGAACGACGUGAACGGAAUCACUCUAAGACCUGAUCCGUUCCUUUCUCAAUUCAGCUGAACUCAGUCGAUCGCUUGGCGAGCCGAGCCAGCUAACGGGCGUAUUCUCACGAUUUGCUCACAGCGAAUGAACGACAUGCAACAGUCAGUCUGCGAACGAAAUGAACGACUUCCAAAUGACUUUAUUCAGGCAUCGUUCACGAACUGCAGAGCACCGGUUCGUCCACGUGCAAGAAGGAUUUAAUUUCAGCCGAUUUAAAGCAAUACCAGCUACAGCUCGCUGCUGUGUUGUUUCUGCCGAUGACGACACAGAGAGGUGAGUUUUUCAGGGCAGGGGAGUGAUUCUUCCUUGUGUCACCCAGUGAACGACGCCGUGACGAGGGGCUCGUUCAAUGGACGAACUUGCGGCUGUGUCACUCUCUCGUGUACUGCACCGGCAAGACGGGGCUCCGAAGCAAUGUUUAUUUAUUUCUUUCUCCUAAUUUCUUUUUUUUGUGGCUUUCUUAAGAGUUGUGAGUUGCCCAUAAAUGGCAAAAUUGCAAUCAUCUUAGCUGAUAUUUUAUCGAAAACCCUCGCCCCCGCUAAGUUAGCUUGAUGCCAGAGUUUGGUGAUCCAUCAUUGGAGUCCCAAAUUUAGCCUUUUUCUGUCUUUUGAACAACUUGACAUCAUUAUUUAAUCCAGCCUGUCGUCGGCUUUUCCUCACAGAAGCUCUUCAGGUCUGUGGAGAUUAUUACUAAUCCGUGUAAUACGAAAAGCUCUGCGAUUCUCGCUGAUGAAAAAUGAAGUUCCUGGAGUUCAACUCUCCUUUAUCAGUCGUUAGAGUGAAAUCAUCCAUGAGCUCCGAUGACUUGGAAACAUUACGACAUGAAUCAGACACAUCUGUUGGCGAUUUUCAGGAUCAGAUGUAGCAGAGUUUUGUUCGCUCUCCAGGAAACUUGUCUGAGGAGCUUUUGUUUGAUUGGAGCUCUGAGGGGGAAGAAGACGGAUCUCGAGAGACUUUAAAAGACAAAAUAAAGCAGGAGGAAGCUAAAGAGAGAGGUGACAUCUUCAUGUCUUCUGUUUUUUUGUUUUUGCCUAGACUUGAAGUACGAUUCCGAAAGAGACAGGCUGAAACGUUGGGAAAAGAAAAGCAGUGGGCCGUUUUUCCCAGCAGAUAGGAUCUCUGUCAUCAGCUCUCUUCAGUUUUCCCACACCACAUUAUUCCAAUCAGACGUCCAUUAUCUGGAAACACUUUUUUUAUACGUCUAUUUUUGAUUUAUAUGCCCUAAAAGUUCAGUCCGACUCCUGCUACACGAACAUGACGCAAUCAGAGAUAUGUCGGGCCUAACGACUCCGACCAUCGUUUACCACCGAGGGAAAAGAUGCAAUCAUAAGACGCUUGUAGAAGAAGAAGUAUUUUUACGAAUGGGUUUGAUUUUGGAGAUUUAUGACAGAUGGUUUUAUGAAAUCAUCCGCAGAGAUGGAAAAGAUUUGGAGAAUUUAGGGGGAGAAGCUGCACCUAAAAAUUCUGCAGGGUGGAGUUCGCUAAACCGGAGAGUCGAAACGCCGUCCCGUUCUUGUCGCUCUCUCACCCUCUCCUCUCUCUCAAACACGCGUUAACAAACACAGACUCGCUAUUUGACUUUCCGUACAGUGGUUAAUGGUUUGCACCUGUCUGACUCGGCUUUUUCCAGCAUGUCCCUCACUGGUACACACUUGCAGUCCAUGUGUGCGAGUGUGUGUGUACUGAAGUGUGUUUUUUUUGUCCCUUUCUGUCACGAUCUUUCCCUUCUUUCCAUUAUAACAUCAACAGAAAAACGGCAGAAUACAACAAACUUGAACGUCAGCAGAUGUUAGAAUCAGGAUUUAGACGAGUUUAGAGACAGACGUUUUAAAUCAGCAACAGUUUAGAUAAGCUGUUAACUCUGACGAAAGAAAGAUAAACAAACGGGACAAAAGGUGCAAAAUUAUCUCCUGUUAAUUCCAAUUAAUCCAGUAUUUUUUCAGCAGAUCCUGUCCUGCAAUCCAGGCAACAGCUGCAGGCUAGUUUGAGUCAAGUUCAGAACAUUUCAGUUCAGUUUGAGUGGACGGAGGACAAAAGAAUCUAAGUCUGGAUUUAGCUGAUGAAGAGUCAUCACAUUUUAAGACAGUUUUAGUCUUUUUUAAGUUGAAAAAGACAAAAGAUUUAGGUCUAGAUUAAGUUGACAGAUUAUAAGCAUUUAAGGUAUUUUAGUCUUAAACUAAAUCGUCUUUUUAAAGUUUGAGGCUGGUUUUAGUUGACUUCAAAAAAUUUCAGUUCAGUUUUGGGGACGGAAGUAAAAAAAAUUAAGUCUAGAUUGAGCUGGCAUAGAGUCAUCACAUUUUAAGACAGUUUUAGUCUUUUUUAAGUUGAUAAAAGGUUAAACGAUUUUGUUAUACAUUUACUUGACGGAUUAUAAUAAUUUGAGAAGUUAUAGAUUUGUUUAAGUC